AUGGCUUCCUCUUUGUUCACGACGCUGACAGCCCCCAACGCGCGCUCGUUCGAGCAGCCCCUGGGGCUCUUCAUCAACAAUGAAUGGCGCGCAGCAAAGUCAGGCGACAGCAUCACUGUCGUGAGCCCGAUCCAGCUGAUGCCGUCAACCCUUGUCAGAAAUGAGCAAGAAAUUGCCAAGGUUCACGCUGCCGGCGAACAAGAUGUCGAUGACGCCGUUAAGGCAGCCCGGGCAGCCUUCAAGGGCCCGUGGUCAAAGAUCAGUGGCACAGAACGUGGCGAGCUGCUGAGGAAGCUGGCCGAUCUGGCUGAAGAGCAGACCGACACACUGGCCACCAUUGACACUUGGAACAAUGGAAAGCGCUUGUCUUCAGCCAAGGGUGACGUGAGCGAGCUGACCUCGGUACUCCGCUUUUACGCUGGAUUCGCCGACAAGCUAUACGGCCAGGUCAUCAACACCACAGAGAGCAAGUUCGCAUAUACGAGCCGAGAACCCAUUGGCGUGUGCGGUCAAAUCAUCCCCUGGAACUACCCUCUGGGAAUGGCGGCCUGGAAGCUGGCCCCGGCCCUGGCAGCCGGCAACACCAUUGUCUUGAAACCAGCAGAGCAGACGCCGCUGUCUGUCUUGGUCUUUGCUACGCUUAUUGAGAAGGCUGGUUUCCCUCCUGGGGUUAUCAACAUCGUCAACGGAUUUGGCCGUACUGCCGGCGCCAGCCUGGCUGGACACGUGGGGGUAGACAAGGUAGCCUUUACAGGGUCUACCAACACUGGUCGAGAGAUCAUGAAGCUCGCAGCCACCAACCUCAAGGAGAUAACCCUCGAGACGGGCGGAAAGUCUCCGCUUAUCGUUUUUGAGGACGCCGAACUUGACAACGCCUCGAAAUGGGCUCAUUAUGGUAUCAUGGCAAACCAAGGCCAGAUUUGCACGGCUACGAGCAGGAUUCUUGUUCACAAAAACAUUUACGACAAGUUCAUUGACCUCUUCACCAACCGGGUCAAGCAGACUUCCAAGGUCGGGGAUCCUUUCGAUGCCGGGACAUUCCAAGGACCCCAGGUCAGCAAGGCUCAGUACGAUCGAGUCUUGUCGUACAUUGAAGAGGGUAAGCGAGAAGGCGCGACUCUUAGCUUCGGUGGUAAGCCUCACCACGGUGUCGACGGCAAGGGAUUCUUUAUUGAGCCUACUGUCUUCACUGACGUCAAGGACGACAUGAAGAUCUAUCGCGAGGAGGUCUUUGGACCUCUGGUUGCCAUCAGCUCCUUUUCGACCGAGGACGAAGCCAUUGAGCGUGCCAAUGAUACGUUCUAUGGCCUUGGUGCCGCCAUCUUUACGGAAAACAUCACACGCGCACACGAAGUUGCCAAGAGGAUCGAGGCCGGAAUGGUUUGGAUCAACAGCAGUAAUGACUCUGACUUCCGAGUCCCCUUUGGGGGCGUGAAGCAGAGUGGCAUUGGCAGAGAGCUGGGUGAAGCUGGCAUCACGGCGUAUACUACCGUCAAGGCUGUUCACGUAAAUCUAAGCAAUAGGCUGUGA